CCAAAGAGCUCUUUUUACUGUUUCACUUCUUGGCAUUUAGUGAAUUUCAUCUAGAGAGUUUUGCUCUUUCCCCUUUCUCAAUCCCUCACGCAAGAAGACUCCAGUCAUGGCCUGUCAAAAAGGGGGGUGGGGGAAGAGAUGACUUCCCAAGAUACUACUACUGCCCUUCACCUUACCUCUGCCUUUUGACCAUCGAUUAAACUUCACCUUCCCUCCCUCUUCCUGGAAAAUCCAUCUCCCAUACUCUUCCCUCCCAGUCACAUCUCCUUUUUUCUCUCAUAACUUCUCUUUCCAGACAUCCAAACUUCCAUUAUCAUAUCCAUACCAAUCCCUUUUGUCCUUCCGCUCUCUUUCGACUCCACCCACCUAGCCAAAAAUUGCAGCGGCAGCAAGAGUGAGAAUCCACCAUUGACACCAAAGAGAGCACCUCAAUUGGGUUCACUUUGAUUUCUCUGUUGGAGUUUUCACUCCCUACAAAUAUGAGAGUAGUGCUUUGGUAGUAUGCCCAGCCACGCAAUUGAGAAGAGCAAAGCAAGUGGAACGAUGAUGAGCAUGAACUCUUCUGCUGCUGCCGCUAAUCGGGAAGAGCUGCAGGAUCAGCGCGACGCCAACAUGCCGAUGGCGGAGAAAAUUAUUGAACUGGUUGUGGUGGGAUUAUGUAUGUCAGCUCAGGUACUACUGAUGCUCAAGAACCCCCAGGCCAACAGUUUCCGCAGAUGAUGACUGGAAGAAUGUGAUGUUCGUUGGGGAUUCGAUUUCGCGGAAUCAGUUCGAAUCGUUGAUUUGUAUGAUUGUGCCAUCGCUGCCUCGGAGGACGACUCAGUUGAACGGCGGAGAUCCUCUCUCAUCCAUCAAGUUCUGGGUAAGUAAAUACAGCAGUGUAUGACGGUAACAAUCCUUUAAUCGUUCAGUUUCAAUUUGAAUACUUUUUUGUACUAAAUCCCUAUAGAAUCGUUCUAUGUCCUAAAGUGUUCACUCUACUGCAGAACAAAUCCAGAUGCAUACACAUCAGUUGCAGCAGAGAGUUCUGGUGCCGAAUUUGGAUCUUUGAAAGCUAUAAUGGCCAAGCUUACCAUGUCAGACACCAAAGUUGAAAAAGAGAGCAAGCUGUAAGGAAUUUGACAUCUCCACAUUUUCUUCAAAUCAUCAUUAUCGUAGUGGAUAAUGCUUUGUAUGUGUAUAUCACUGCAAUUGAAUAUGCAGACAAAUAUUAGUGGAUGAAAAUAGGGAAUAGGGAAGGAAUUACUUGACUUUUGGAUCUUACAUUUUGUGAGAUGAAAUACUCAAGAUUAGUUUGUUCUCUAUUUUCUCCAAUUGCUUCCUAGCAUUCCUGUGUGUUGAUUGCUGAUAUCAAAUACCCUUUAUCUACAAAAUAAAACCUCAAAAGUUGACAAAGUUUUGGCAACCAGAUUCUGACAGCUUUUCAUUUAGUUACAUCGCUUCUGUUUUCUUGCUUUGUGAAUGGUAGUUUCGGAGAGGUAAUUAGAAUCAAUGAUCAAUGUAUUUAGAGCACUAAACUAGAAUACUAGAAGCCCUUUUCUUUGGAAAGAACUUAACUAGAAGGCAAGGCUGAGUAGAGUGGAAGAAAUUGGAGUACCAAAAUGUUGAGCAAACUAUUCAGUACCGGAAAACCUGCUUCCUGGAGCAUACUCUACUAAUUCACUUCUUCAUAUCUUAAUUAUGCUUCCUUGCUCUAGGUUUUGGUCCAUUGUUUAGACAUGGUCCAAAUUAUAGGAAGGAAUUUUUUUUAUUCAAAUGCAAAUGAAUAAUGGUUUCAUUGACGCACAAACAAUUACAUGAAUCUGUAGUUUCUUCUGUUUCCUUUUUUCGUAGAGGUGUUUUGAUAAAAUUUAUUUCUAAUAUGGAUGAUAGAGGCUAAGUUGAGCAAACUAUUCAGUACCGGAAAACCUGCUUCCUGGAGCAUCUACUAAUUCGCUUCUUCAUAUCUUAAUUAUGCUUCCUUGCUCUAGGUUUUGGUCCAUUGUUUAGACAUGGUCCAAAUUAUAGAAAGGAAUUUUUUUAUUCAAAUGCAAAUGAAUAAUGGUUUCAUUCACGCACAAACAAUUGCAUGAAUCUGUAGUUUCUUCUGUUUCCUUUUUCGUACAGGUAUUUUGAUAAAAAUUUAUUUCUAAUAUGGAUGAUAGAGGCUAAGAUUGAUGCCAUUGCUUUUAUUGUACAUUUAUUAAAAAACAGAAGUGCCCUUAGGGUUUAAUGAAUUCUGCAUACACUAAUUUCCAGGAGAUUUCAAUUUCUUUUUAUGUGAAUUCUUAUAAAUUGUGUGCAUCUCUUUUUUCGUUGUAAGUUGUGUAGAGAAGUUGUAGAACAUUCAUUGUUAGCAACAAUCAUACUCCAAACAAGGCAACAUGGGAUCGUUCUGCCAAUAGAGCAAAUCAACACAAACAAUACACCUCUCUUAAAGCUACUGAUACUGCAUUGGAUAUCACAUUCAUAAGCUUUUGGCUAUUGCAACUUGAUCGAACUUUUUGCAAAGGACAGGUUGUUCUUGCCUCUUAGAUACAAGGUGUCAUCUUGCCUCUUUUACUGAAUUCUAAACUGUAAACUGUAACCAUAAAUAAUUAUGAGAGUUAAAUGUGUUAUUUUUUGACCAUGGUGUAUAUGAUCACCAUCCUUAGAUACGAAGGGGAAAAAAUCAUUUGCUUGAGUAUGUUUGCAGGCUACAAGGAACCAUACUGAUAUCUCCUGUUGUAUGAGUGUUAUAUAGAAAGGAUUCAUUGAAUUUAAAAACAACGGCACGACAAGCUUGCUCUUACUAACUCUGUUCCUGCGGUGUAGCCCAGAGACUAAUUCGUUAGUGCUUGGUAAUUAGAAGAUGUAGUUUGAAUUCCUUUCCAAAUAAGUAGCAGGGAAAGAACAAAAACCCUUCAGUUUAGAACAACCAAUAGAGGUUGCAUGCAACUUUGCUUUCUUUAACCUUCUACUAUGAAAUGGGAUUUCCUCGACCUAUAUAUGAUUCAUUUUUUGUUGUUGAACGGGAAGUAGGGGUUUAAACAUUUGUGUUGUCGACUGUGGGUCUAAUGUUGCCUAAUGCAUAGCCACUUUUGGCUGUUGCAUUUUGCAGGUGUAGCACCAUCACCAGAGGCUGCAAGGGUUUACUGUAAUUUCGUAAAUUCAUGUUUAAAACAGCAAACCUACAGCUGCAAGGGUUUACUAAAAAGGAAGUCCACCCCUCCAAAACUGGAGAAAGAUACGGAAAAAGGCUAAACUACCCCAACAUAAAUAAAAGUACAAAGCCUUCUCCGUCCCCUCUUUUUUUGCCCCCCUCUCCCUGAAAAAUACUUCUCGACACUCUUCUCAAUCCAUUCACAUCAUUCCCAAUUUUCUUCCAUCCUCUGCACCCCUUCUCAAAUAAUUGAUUUUACAUCUGGGAGUAUGGGUUUGAAAUUGAGAUUGAACUCUAUUUGUCUUUCCCAAGCACAUUGCUUUAGUACAUGGAACAAGGUAAGGCCAAAGAAAUAUGUAUAUUUUUCCUAUGAUUUGUAGAUUGAUGACACAUAUGGCAUUUGAUUUGGUGUUUAGAUUCCAAUCAGCACAUUUAGGAAGUCUUCACACACCGACUCAAGUUUUCAGCUAAAACACUAAAUAUGUACUGCCAACUUUUGUUCAUGGUGGCUUGAAUGUGAUUGGAUGCAUUUUGUUGUUUUGUUUUUCUCCUCACAUAACUAUAAUGGGUUUCAAUCAUAGGAGUGCCCUGUAUUGGUUGAGUAGUUAGAUCAUACUUCUACUUUAUCUUCGCAGCCUCUACCAUCCACCUCAUGUUGUUGUACUUUCCAGAGGUUGUGUAUUUUUUUAGGACCAAGGUAGAGAUCAAAGAAGAGAGGUAGAGAAGGGCGAUGAAUCAAUGAUAGAGAUGCAGAUGUCAGAGUUACUCAAGGAGAAGUCGAGGAGGUAAAUGCAUGUCCUCAUCUCACAUAAAUCAAUAAUCAUUCUUAUGUUGAAUUGAACCAUGAUCUUGAACUGUAGCUUUCCCAAGGCAACUCUGUGGUUAAGUUUCUACAAGGCUGUUGUAGUUUGCUUAGUGAUUGUCAUGUAGUUUAUACUUAACUGAUGGAUUCUUAAGACUGUUGUUAUAGUUUACUUCGUAGAUUUAUACCAGUAGGUUAUACUGCACUGGUUUCAUCAUGGGAUUUCUUUGUUUUUGUUGGUUUGCUUAUGUAGUAUUUGGAUCGACUUUGAAAUUUUGGUUAUCUAUUGAAUGGAUGUGGUGCAUAGAGAUGCAGGUGAUGCUUGCCUCCGAUGAACCAGGACCUGGAGUAACUGUAAAGUAGCUGCCGGGGAGGAGAAUUGACCGCGAGCCGUGAAUCAGCAAAGCAAGUAUGUGGUUUUUCCAAAUCUCCGGGUCAGGUGUUGAUCUCUGUGAAUUUUCACUGUUGUCCUUUGAUUUAGCAGCUCGCCUUUGGUGCUGCUGAAUACUUUCGGAUUUUGUAGUUUGUGCUUACUUUAUUGAAAGAAUCGGACUUAUGAUUCAAGACUGAGUUAAAGUUGGAGAUACUUUCUGAUAAUCUCCCGCUUAUAAGUAUUAAAGUCCACUUGAAUGAUUGAAUUAAUUUUCUUUGAUUGGGUUGUUUAUGGAGUUAGAAAAUCAGUGCAAUCUGGAGGAAUGCCAAUCACUAUUCAAUUCCUAUUAUGUGGUACCUUCAAGCUAAAGGAAAAAAAAGCAUUUCAGUUCUAGAGUUGUUCAUUUGUCACUUGGAAGUUUGUUUGUAGCAGAAGUGUAAAUUUGUUACUUAGAAGUCUGCUUUUUAGUAGAAGCAUGUUCCUUUAUGUUUUCUAUUCACUAACACUCAAAUCUCACAGGUCAAGUGGGAGAACAAAAUGAUGCUGCUCAGUGGGAUCCAAAAAUUCUUCUAAUAGCAUGACAGGUAGUUCGGUUAGUUAGUAGGGAUCAAGAGCUUCACCAGUAAGGGUCAUUGUUUGAGUAACUGAUAGACAAGUUGCUGAACAAGCCAUUUACUAAGUUGAAGACCAACUCUUUCUGUAUGAAUCUUUUGUUUUUGUUUUUUGUUUUUUUCUAAUGAAGGUUGCUCAAAUAAGACAACUUGGGUAUGGAUUGAAUUAGUAUAUGAGAUAAUGAGUUUCACCUAUAUAAUAAUGUAUUACUUUGGUGUAGUUUCAUUGUAGAUUUCGAAAGAUGAAAGAUGAGGAAGAGUAAACAUCGCUAAAUUUCCCGCGGCGUAGCCGUGGGUAUUGAUACUAGUAUAUGCUUAUAUACUACACACAGCGGCGGAUCUAGGGGAGGGCCACCCUGGGUCAGGGCCCAACCCUCCAUUGGUUCCAAAGCUUGUAUAGAGCCUUUUCCACCUCUUCUGGCCCCUUAUUAAUUGGACCUGACUCAACCAUCUAUCCUCUUUCCUUUGCUAGUCCGCCUACCAAAUGCCAAACUUGUAAUGACCACACUUCCUCUGCUUUUUCCCUCUUCACUCUUCUACUCUUCUCCUUUAGUCAAUUUAUUUUCCAUUUAUCGAUUCCCAAUUCCCUUACACAUACGCACUCCGCAUAGUCCUUUUCCCUGAAUAUUUCCUCUUUCACUUUUUUGCUAUUCCCCCGAAUAGCGCCUCAUCAGCGUCCUGCUCAUCUUCUGGGCACGACUUGUUUCUUCUUUCUCACCGGCUUGUGACGCCCAAGUUGCAAGCUGUGUUGAUUUGUAAUUCCCGUUAGAUCUCUAUCCUUCUGAUUGUUGUUUCAUGAAUUGGGUAUUCAAAAUUACCUCGGGAUAUUGCUCAUUGGGUGAUCUGUCCCUUGAUCUGAUGAAAAAGUCCGUUCCUUUUUGUAGUUGUGCUCUCUGGUAGUUAAAAAAAGUGUUAUCUUUUCUCCUGGGAUUUUGUUGAUUUGGCAGGUCCAAAUUGUUUGGUUCCUUACGUGUUGAUUUCCUGAUCGUCUUUGAAUUCAAUGUUUGUGAUUGGUUUUCAAUUAUCACGAAUGAGUGUCUUGAUUUUUCGAAGAAGCUGAGGACAUCAUGACCUCAAUAGUUAGCAUUAGGGAGCUAUUAGAUGGUAGUUUCUGGUAUCGUAUUUGGAAUAUUAUGGUUCUUGCUCAUUCUAAAGAACCAAUGCGUACUAAUACAUUCAUAAAUUAAAAGUUGCAUGGGAGUCAUGCUACUGAAAUUGGGAGAGCUAGGGUAAUGAAGCGCAGUGAUCUCA